AUCCACCGUCAGAUUUACAAGCUUUUGGAGUAGAAGAAAGCACAGUUUAUUUGAUGUGGAAAUUGCCAGGUGGAGGCUUUGAUAAUUUUGAGCUUUCCUAUCAUUACACAAACAGCAAUGAAACACUUCUUACUACCACAAUUUUUGACAGCAUAGCUGCAGUGAAAAAUCUGAUGCCUGGAACAGAUUAUGUAUUUCAGCUAAAGACAAUUAAAGGAAAAUAUUUCAGUGUGGUUGUGGAGAAAAAAGUUACCACAAAACCUAUAGGGAUAUGUGAUCUAACAUUAAAAGUGGUAAACACUUCAUCUGCUACGUUAAUCUGGAAACCAACUUUAACCAACUUUACACAUUAUAAAGCAUCUCUGUCAAACAAUACAUUCGCAAAGGAGUACAUUAUUUUGGAAACUCAGACCCAUCACACCAUUACAGAUCUUACUGCUGGUGAGAGUUAUAAUUUCACAUUGAAAAGAGUGAAAGGAUCUAUUGAAGGUGAAGUUGCCUUUACUGAAAUCAGCACAGUGCCUGAAAAGCCACAAGAACUAGAAGUCUUCAAUGUGUCAUCACAUUCCUUUUCUCUGCGUUGGAGACUACCUCAUGGAAUUGAGCAAAGGUUUCAUGUGGAUCUCACACCUCCUCAUGGCUUUGUUUCUGUCCUAGAUGUGGGAGGUGGGGAGUAUCAGGCUGAAAUUUCAAACACCACUCCUGGAACAUUGUAUAAUGUGACUGUUUCUUCAAUUUCCUCUUCAUCAUAUAGUUCACCUGUCAGCAGAACAGUGACAACCAAUGUAACCAAUCCAGGACCUCCUGUGUUCCUUGCGGGAGAACGAGUGGGAUCUGCAGGAAUUCUUCUCUCUUGGAACACACCACCACAUCCAAAUGGAAGAAUUAUAUCCUACAUUGUUAAAUAUAAGGAAGUAUGCCCUUGGCUGCAGAAUACUUACACUCAGGUUACAACAAAGCCGGAUAGUUUGGAAGUUCUUCUCACUAAUCUUAACCCUGGAACAACUUAUGAAAUUCAGGUUGCUGCUGAGAACAGUGCUGGUAUUGGAGUAUUUAGUGAUCCAUUUCUAUUUCAAACUGCAGAAAGUGCUCCAGGUAAAGUGGUAAAUCUCACUGUUGAAGCUUUCAACCACUCAGCUGUUAAUCUGAUUUGGUUUCUGCCACGACAGCCAAAUGGAAAAAUAACUUCUUUCAAAAUUAGCGUGAAGCACGCUAGAAGUGGGAUAGUAGUGAAAGAUGUCUCUGUUAAAGUGGAGGACCUCCUGUCUGGAAGAUUACCAGAAUGCAAUGAUAACAGUGAAUCUUUUUUAUGGAGCACUACCACUCCUUCAACUACUUCUAGCAAAACUACUCUAUCAGUUCCAAGUACAGUUGCUCUCAGCAAAUUGAGCUCUGUUUGGAAUGAACCUAUUAGUUUUGUUGUGACCAAUCUCAGACCAUACACUACUUACCUUUUCGAAGUUUCUGCAGUUACCACGGAAGCAGGUUAUAUUGACAGUGCAAUCGUCAGGACACCAGAAUCAGUUCCAGAAGACCCACCUCAAAAUUUUGUCAAAGGCAACAUUACAGGAAAAUCUUUCUUAGUUUCUUGGGAGCCACCAACCAUUGUUACUGGAAAGUUUAGCUACAGAGUUGAAUUAUAUGGACCAUCUGGUCAUAUUUUGGAUAACAGCACAAAAGAUCUCAAGUUUACUUUUAGUAAUCUAAUACCAUUUACAACAUAUGAUGUUUUUGUUGCUGCUGAAACCAGUGCUGGGGUAGGUCCAAAGGCAAACCUCACUGUUUUCACUCCUGCAGGAGUUCCAGGACCUGUGUUUGAUUUGCAUGUAGCAGUGGUAUCAGCAACUUUUAUCAGAAUUGCUUGGAAGAAGCCACAGCAACCAAAUGGAAUCAUCACCCAGUACAGAAUAAAAGUAACACUUGAAGACACAGGAGAGAUUCUUGAAGAUACAAUUCUUACAGGAAAAAUUAAGAACUUUAUUGAAUUUGUGGAUCUAGACAUGAUAAAUGAUAACACAUCAUCACCUUUCAUGUGGAAUAAAAUACAGACUGCCAAUGAGUUAUAUGAAGGUUCAGCUGAUAGCUUUCCAACAACAACCUCAGUUUCACCAAUAAUAUUUACAAGUAUAUCCAGUGAUAAUUUAUUAGAGUCAAAUGGAGUUUCAGAAUUACAUCCAGCUUCUGCAUUGACGACCGAUACCAUCAACCUUGCAGCUAAGCAGCUGUCAUAUCUUGUAAAGGAACUCCAGCCUUUUACUCAAUAUUUAGUUGCUGUGUCUGCUUUCACUAUCAUUGGAGAAGGACCACCAGCGAUUCUCAUUGUCAGGACAAAUGAACAAGUUCCAAGCUCUGUAGAAAAUAUAAAUUACAAAAAUAUUAGCUCAUCCUCUGUUUUGCUGUAUUGGGAUAUUCCAAUGAAUCCCAAUGGGAAAAUAAUACAUUACACGGUUUAUGCAAUGGAGCUGGAUACAAAUAAAGCUUUCCAGAUGACAACAUCAAAUAACAGCAUUUUGAUUACAGGUUUGAGAAAGUAUACAAAUUAUAAAAUGAGAGUAGCAGCUUCUACUACUGUAGGAGAAAGUGCUCUUUCUGAAGAAAAUGAUAUUUUUGUAACAACACCUGAAGAUGAACCAGAUUCUCCACCCCAGAAUGCAAAGAUAUUAGAAGUGACUGCAACCGAAAUAAGCUUAAGAUGGUCACCCCCAGAAAAGCCUAAUGGGAUCAUAACACAUUAUGAAGUUAUGUAUGACAACUCUACUGCUUUAAUUAUUAAGAACACUACAGGAACAAGUAUUUCUUUAAAUGGACUGACCCCAUACACUCUCUAUAAUAUUUCUGUAAGGGCAUUCACCCAUCUUGGUCAUGGAAAUCAGUCAUCUGCCCCAUUGCUCAUCAGAACAGCUGAAACUGUACCUGAAUUUCCCCCACAAAACAUAAUCUACAGGAAUAUCUCAUCUACGGAAAUAGAGUUAUCAUUUCUUCCACCACCAGUUCCCAAUGGGAUUAUACAGAGUUAUACUAUAUAUCUCAGAGAGUCUGCAGCAACUGAGGAAAGAAUCAUUAACAUCACCCAUCUGUCACUGAAUAUUACAGAUUUGAAAAUAUAUACAAACUAUAUAGUUGAGGUGUCAGCAAGCACUUCAAAGGGUGAAGGUGUUCACAGUGAGCCCAUGUACAUACUCACCGAUGAGGAUGCUCCUACUUCUCCUCCUCGAUUGCUUACAGUAAAACAGUUGUCUGGAGUCAUUGUGAAGUUGUUGUGGAAACCACCUUUAGAGCCAAAUGGAAUUAUCCUCUAUUACACAAUUUAUAUCUGGAAUAUAAUGGUGAACAGGAGCAUUAAUGUGACAGAAACCUCAUUAGAGAUCACAGAUCUUGAACAUAACAAUGAAUAUCAUGUCUAUGUGACAGCAAGUACCAGAUUUGGAGAUGGGAACAUAAGGAGUAACAUGACUAGUUUCAAGACGUCUGAGGGACCUCCAAGUGACCCACCUAAAAAUAUCCGAUAUACAAAUCUAACCUCCUCAUCAAUACAAAUUUUCUGGAACCCUCCUCAAAAGCCCAAUGGAAUCAUAAGGUUUUAUUCAGUUUACUACAAGAAUGAUUCAGAGAUUUACACACAGAAUUUUACCAGUUAUGCAGUUGACACUGGUGCUGACAACAUAACAUUAUCAACAGUAUUGAACAACUUAGCGAAAUGGAGUCACUAUGUACUUUGGUUAGCUGCAAGCACAGCCUUCGGAGAUGGAAAUCAAACAAGUGAGAUAAUACACGUGUACACGGAUCAAGAUAUUCCUGAUGGACCUAUUGAAAAUCUAGCCUAUCAAAAUAUUUCAUCUACUGCUGUUAAUGUAAGCUGGUUGCCCCCAGUCCAGCCAAAUGGAAUAGUCUUCUACAAUGUUUCUCUGACAAAACAAGAAGCUCAAAUGGACUGUGAGUUUCUGUUACUCGUUUUGCAUGAUACAAACGUAGUUUUUGAUAGGCUGGAAAAGUAUACUCGUUACCUUCUGAAAAUUGCUCCAGCAACAGAAAAAGGACUAUCUGAAAAACACACUACUACCCUUCACAUCAGAACAGAAGAAGAUGUUCCAGAAUCUGCACCAAUUAUGAAGUCAUACAAAAAUCUCUCAUCUACCUCUGUGAUGUUAUCAUGGGAUCCUCCAGUUCAGCCAAAUGGCAUUAUAAUGAAAUAUGAAUUGCAGCUGCAAGGAACAGAAAUAAAUUCCUCUUUCAGUACGUCCGAUGAUUUGGUCAUUUUAGAAGAUCUUUCACCAUUUACACUAUACAGCUUUUUUGCUUCCGCAAGAACCAUAAAAGGACUUGGCCCAUAUGCUGUACUUAUGUUCUCCACAGAUGAAUCAGUUCCAUUAGCUCCUCCUGAGAAUCUGCAGGUUAUCAAUUAUACAUCUAACUCUGUAUGGCUGAGAUGGAAUCCAAGUCCUCAACCAAAUGGUGUUAUUAAAAGAUAUACUUUUAACAUUUUUGAAAAUACCAGUCAAACUACAUUUUAUCAGAAUGUUUCAGGUUCUCAUAAUGAAGCUAAUAUUGUUGGACUAGAACCAUUCACCACCUACUUCAUCAGUGUAUCUGCAUUCACAAGAUUUGGAAAUGGCAAUCAAUUCAGUAACAUUGUUCAGUUUACAACAAUGGAAUCAGCUCCAGAUACUGUCCAGAAUAUCCAAUGCACCGCAACCAGUUGGCAGUCCGUCUUAGUCUACUGGGACCCUCCUUUGAAGACAAAUGGAAUUAUUACCCAUUACAUCAUAAUAUUUGGAAAGAAUUCAACAAUCUUGUCUUCUGAUAAUGAAACAGUGCAUAUUUUCAGAGGCUUGUUAUCAAAUACCUCUUAUCAGUUUCAAAUAAAAGCUGCAACAGCUGCUGGAGAAGGAAAAGAACAGCUAUGCAAUGCAAGCACAUUUCCUGAAACAGUUCCAAGUGCCCCCAGAGAUAUUGCAUUUGGAAAUGUACAGUCCACCAGUGUAACCUUGAUAUGGAGAAUGCCAGUUACUAUAUUUGGCUACUUUCUAAACUACAAGAUUACUCUGCAGUUACAAUCUAUCCAUUGCAGUAACUGGGAAGAUGCUGAAUGUAUUGAACAUGAGAAAGAUCAAUAUUCAUAUCAUACUGGUGCUUUUAUAGAAGAAACAGUGCAUGAUCUAAAAAAAUUCAGAUGGUACAGAUUUAGAGUUUCUGCUAGCACAAAUUCAGGUUAUGGCAGCCCUUCAUCUUGGAUUUCUACACAAACUCUACCCGGCACUCCAGAUGCUCCUCCAGAAAAUGUGUCUGUAAUAGUUAUAUCUCCUUACAGUAUUAAUAUUACCUGGAGUGAUCCUGCCAUCAUUACUGGACCAACAUUCUAUCUCAUUGACAUUACUUCGGUUGAUACUGAUGAAUAUAAAGCUUCAUUUGUCAAAACAGAUUAUGAAAGUAAAAUCCUUGAGGUUUCAAAUUUAAAAGCAUUUACAAGAUAUUCAGUAGUGGUCACUGCUUUUACAGGAGAUAUACAUGCUGCACACAUAGAAGGCAAGUCAAGCACUUCAGUCAUCAUUUCCACUUUUGAAGCAGUGCCCAGAGACCCACUCAACAACAUAACAUUUCAGAAGAUACCUGAUGAAGUGACAAAGUUCCAGGUGACAUUUAUGCCACCAUCUGAAUCCAAUGGGAAUAUUCAAGCAUAUCAAGCGAUGGUUUACAAAGAUGAUGAUCCUAGUGUCAUCCAGAUCUAUAACUUAAGUGUUAUAGAUAGGACAAACAAGUCGGUCACUGCCAUUCUGGAGGGACUAAAAGGAGGACGUACUUACAAUAUCAGUAUGUAUGCAAUCAAUGGAGCUGGUGCAGGACCAAAAAUCCAGCUGAAAAUAACUACAGACAUUAAAGAACCACCAAGGCCUAGUGAGAAGCCAAUGCCAGUUUAUGAUACCAGUGGAACGAUACUUGUCACUGCUACAACAAUUACUAUUCGUAUGCCUAUUUGCUACUAUAAUGAUGAUCAUGGACCUAUCAAGAAAAUACAGGUUCUUGUUGCAGAAUUAGGAGUUCAGAAUGAUAAUAAUGUAACCAAGUGGUACCAUGCCUACUUCAAAAAACCAAAACCAUAUUUUGCAAAUGAUGGCUUUCCAAAUCCUCCAUGUAUAAAGGGAAAUGAGGGGCUGAGCAGCAAUGAAGAUGUGUAUGUAAUAGGGGCUGACAGUACAUGUAUGAUACCAGGCAGUGAAGAAAAAAUUUGUAAUGGCCCACUGAAACCCAGAAAGCAAUAUCUAUUUAAGUUCAGAGCUACAAAUAUCAAAGGCCAAUAUACAGAUUCAGACUACUCUGACCCCAUCAAAACUUCAGGUGAUGGACUAUCUGAAAGAGCUGUAGAAAUAAUACUUUCAGUUACUUUGUGCAUACUCUCUGUGAUUCUUCUUGUGGCAGCAAUCUAUGCUUUUGCACGAAUUCGACAAAAGCAAAAAGAAGGAGGCACGUACUCUCCACGUGAUGCCGAAAUUAUUGACACUAAAUUUAAACUUGAUCAGUUGAUCACAGUGGCAGACCUGGAAAUGAAGGAUGAGAGAUUUACACGGUUACUUAGUUAUAGAAAAUCCAUCAAGCCAAUAAGCAAGAAAUGUUUUCUACAACACGUUGAAGAGCUUUGUUCAAACAACAACCUAAAGUUUCAAGAAGAAUUUUCGGAACUUCCCAAGUUUCUUUCAGACCUUGCUGCAACAGAUGCUGAUCUGCCGUGGAACAGGUCUAAAAAUCGGUUUCCAAACAUCAAGCCGUAUAACAACAACAGAGUGAAGCUAAUGUCUGAUGCUAGUAUACCUGGUUCUGAUUAUAUCAAUGCCAGCUAUGUGUCUGGUUAUUUAUGUCCAAAUGAAUUUAUUGCUACUCAAGGACCAUUACCAGGCACAGUGGGGGAUUUCUGGAGAAUGGUAUGGGAAACUAGAGCAAAAACUCUUGUGAUGCUUACACAGUGUUUUGAAAAAGGACGGAUAAGAUGUCAUCAAUACUGGCCUGAAGACAACAUUCCAGUGACUGUGUUUGGAGAUAUCGUGAUUACUAAAUUAGUGGAAGACCAUCAAACAGAUUGGACCAUCAGGGAUCUAAAGGUUGAAAGGCAUGGGGAUUGUAUGAUGGUACGCCAGUGUAAUUUCACUUCUUGGCCUGAACAUGGAGUACCUGAAACAGCUGCAUCAUUAACUCGUUUUGUAAAGCUGAUCCGUGCUAGCCGAGCACAUGACAAUACACCUAUAGUUGUUCAUUGCAGUGCUGGAGUUGGAAGAACUGGAGUUUACAUUGCCCUUGAUCAUUUAACACAGCACAUAAAUGACCAUGACUUCGUGGACAUAUAUGGACUUGUAGCUGAGCUGAGAACAGAAAGAAUGUGUACAGUACAGAAUUUGGCACAGUAUAUAUUUUUGCACCAGUGUGUUUUAGAUUUGUUGACCGUGAAAAGGAGCAGCCAGCCACUAUGUUUUGUAAAUUAUUCAGUACUGCAAAAGAUGGACUCUUUAGAUGCCAUGGAAGGUGAUGUGGAACUUGAGUGGGAAGAAACUACAAUGUAACUACUACAAGAAUGAAACCUUGUUAUGUUUCCAGAAAUAUCAGGGGCCAAAACAACCCCCUUGUUAGAAUUAAUUAAAAACAAAGUGCACGUUUUUGUAAAGACAAAAACUUUGUUCUCUUUAUAUGCCUUCAUAAAUAUUAUAAAUUAUUAAAUGAUACUUUUGUACAGAGCAGAAACCUAUUAUUGUACUAAUACAUCAUUUACCAUAUACAAACCAUCAAUUGUUAGUAAAAUAUGAUUAAUUGAAACCUGAACAUUUAGUGCUGCUUUUGUCCCCUGGAUUUUAUUGGAUAUCAUAGUAGAAUUCCAUGUUGCAAAACAGGCCUAGAACUGCUGCUUCUCCAUGUCCCUUUUUCAUGACUUCAAGGUAAUAUUUGGUAUGGUACAAACGAUACAUAAUCCACACUGUUUUCCCCUGGCCUCACAAUUAAUUAUAUGAGACAGAAAGUGAAAUGCAAGGCAUAUGAAAGGCAUGAACUGCCUUUUCUGGGUGAAGGCAUGGGUCUUUGAUUAAAAGUUUUAAAUAUAAACAUUCCAUUUAAUUCAAAACAACUUUUUAAUACAUCCUAAAUGAGCCAAAUGUAAUGUAAAGCAUUCACAUUCCUCAGGUGUACAUAGUACUCUGUGUGAAUUUGUUGAACUUUUUGUUGUUAAUUUGUGUGUGAAAACUGCCAUCCCUCAGUUGUACUAAAUUAGCUUUCUAUGGAAGAUAUAGUAAACUCAGUGGAUGACCUGCAGGAUUGUCACAAUAACAUUUCUUGAAAUGUAUUGUCUUGUGCUUUGUCUCUUUGUUUUAUGGAUCCUGGAAUGCCAUCUUAUGAUGCUGAACAGCUGAAAACUCAUCCCCUGUCAUUAUGGGGAUGAGUUAUAUACAGUAGACAAUAGGUUUUCAAGGCCACUUGCUUGAGGCAAAGUGUGACAGAAGUUGUUAGAUUUCUCAUUCUGUUUUGUAAUGCAUUUAGUUAUAUCUCAAGGAUGAAAAUUAUGUGUCACAUUCCUGUUACUUUUCUUAUGCUGAAAAAAAGAAAUAAAG